AAAACAAUGGACCCCAAAAACCCCAAUCGCAAACACCGCACAACCCCCCAAUUCUCCCUCUACCAACGCGAAAACUUCUGGAAAACGAACACCGGCCAAGUCCCCCUUUUCGACACGAACCCAGCCGCACUAGAAGACCUUGCAAAGACCAAACUCACCGAAAACGGAUGGCUAUACGCUUCUUCCAACGCGGGACAGUCAUACACACAUACUGCGAACCGACAGGCGUUUUACAGACAUAAGAUCAUCCCGCGGAUGCUGGUGGAUACGAACGAGAGAGAUACCGCGACGGAGAUUUUCGGACAUAAAGUCGCUGCACCGAUUGGGUUUGCGCCGAUUGGCAUCAACAAGAUCUAUCAUGAGCAAGGGGAGCUCCCUGUGGCCAAGGUAGCAGGGGAAUUGAACCUGCCUUACUGUCUGUCUACGGCGGGUUCGCAACCCAUUGAAGAUGUUGGCAAGGCGAAUGACGAACUAGCCGGCCAGGGUGGAGGAGUCCGGUUCUUCCAGCUAUACAUGCCGCACGACGACGAACUCACCCGGAGUCUUUUAACGCGUGCGGUCAACAGCGGGUUUUCGGCUUGCAUAUUGACGGUGGAUACUUGGCAGCUCGGCUGGCGACACAAGGAUGUUAGUACGUCGAACUAUGCCUUCUACCAUGGCAAAGGUGCGGACCUCGGGUUGUCGGACCCCGUCUUUCAAGAAAGAUUGAAGGAACACGGCAUCGAUCCCGUCACGCAGCCUAAUGAAGCCGGUGCACUCUGGAUCGAUAACGUCUGGCAUGGCCGGGCACACACGUGGGACAAGGUGAAGUGGGUGAUGGGGCUGUGGAAAGAACUGAGUGGCGGGAAACCAUUCUGCAUAAAGGGCAUACAGAGUGUUGCAGAUGCUAGAAAAGCAGUGCACGAACUUGGUGUGGACGGUAUUGUGUGCUCUAACCACGCUGGGCGACAGGUUGAUGGUGCUGUUGCGAGUUUAGAUGCAUUGGAGAAUAUUGUUGACGGUCAAGACACAACCAUCAUGUUCGAUUCAGGAGUCCGCGGUGGCUCCGAUGUUUUCAAGGCUCUCGCGCUGGGUGCCAAGUUCGUCUUCGUGGGCCGUUUGUGGAUUUGGGGACUAUCCAUCAUGGGGGAAACAGGAGUGAGGCAUGUCAUGAAGUCCCUGCUGGGAGACUUUGAUAUACUGUUGAACGUAGCGGGAUUCAAGAAUGUUGGGGAGAUUGAUCGGAGCGCUCUGGACAGCCUGCCCAAAGACUACCCUUUGUUGCAUGUCACGUCGAAGCUUUAGAUCUUCGGGAAACACACGAAUUAUUGUAUAUUAAUGUAUGGCAAUGGAGUGAUUCAAUGCAUGGUCUCAUAGAAUCAUCCAAACCCCUUCACAUUAUAUAGACCCGACCCAACAUUGGUGCGAAUUCGCACACUUCUGUGUAAUGAUCUUGCAAGCAACUACUACAAAAACAUUCAUUGCCACAGCAUCCAUGACGUC